GGAUGUACCUGAGGAGGCGGAGCCCAGCUUUCAGAGAAGGCGGAAAAGGUGAGCGACGCGGAAGCGAAAGCAGGAGAGCCGCGAAAGCCGGAAGAUUGAGGUUCUGUGCAGCUGGACGGACGAAAAAAAAAGCACCUGCAUUAUGGCGUUCUGUGACGGCCUCUCCCACUGUAAACUGGCCCUGGCCUUUGCCGUGCUGAUGGAUUUACUGGGAGGAACCGCUCUGCUGGUGGGAGUCUUCGCCCCCCUGGAGAUCCAAGGGCGGGACUUUGGCGACUUGCUGGUCUAUACUGGGGCCCUGUUCGUGGUGAUGUCGCUGGCGGGCUGGGUGCUGUGGUACAGCGGAAACAUUGAGGGCCUGACCUCCAAGAGGGAGCUCGGGCACAUCAGCAGCGCCGUGGACCGGCUGGCGCGCAACCUCAGCCGCAAGAUCCGCUCCUACAAGGGUCACCUCUGAGCCGAGGGGACAGGAAGCGCCGUCCGCCAUUUCAGUUUAAAAGCCCCGGGCGGCGGCGUUAAAGCGAGCUGCAGCGAAAGCAUUUCAGUCACAUCUGUUACGUGAUGUUGUUAUUUUAUCAUUAUUCGUAUUGCUUAGUGUUCAUACGUGGUCUCUGGAUUUCAAUAAAUGCAUUUUUAUACACUA